CGAUACGUAGCAAAUUGUAUACCCGUUAUUACUACCCCGUGCUCAUUAAUUUGGUUACACGUUUAACCCGUGUUGAUCACAGGACACCAUACACUGAUACACUCAACACGUGGUUAUUAUCAACAAGCAAAAUAGUACACGGCGAAGUCCAGCAAACUGCGGAGGAGAGAGAAAGCGAUCAAUUUCGCCGGUAAACAAUGGAGCUCAAACCUGGACUCUCAGCGCUAAUCACCGGCGGAGCUUCCGGAAUCGGUAAGGCUCUGUGCUUAGCUCUUGCGGAUAGAGGUGUAUUCAUCACAGUGGUUGACUACUCUGAGGAAGAGGGUAAAAAAGUGACAGCUCUUAUUGAAAAGCAGCUUGCCAAGUUUCAUAAAAAUCUGAAAUUUCCAUCGGCAACAUUCAUAAGAUGUGAUGUCACGAACACUGGAGAGCUGUCUUCUGCUUUUGCAAAGCAUUUAGCAACUUAUGGUGGGUUAGACAUCUGCAUCAAUAAUGCUGGAAUCGUCACUCCAGUACCAUUGCACAAGGACCAAACUGAUGGCUCUGGUACAUGGAAACAUGCUAUUAACGUGAACCUAACUGCUGUUAUUCAAUGUACUCUUUUAGCGAUCAAAGCUAUGCAAGCUUCCAAGAGAACUGGUGUGGUCAUCAAUAUGGGAUCUUCUGCUGGGCUUUAUCCAUUAGUAGGAGAUCCAGUAUACUCUGCCGCCAAAGGUGGUGUAGCUCUAUUUACCAGAGCCCUUCGUCCUUACAGGCAUCAAGGGAUUCGUGUGAAUGUACUCUGCCCAGAAUUUGUUGAAACUGAAAUAGGAUCCCACGUAGAAGCUAAAUUUCUAACCUUGCUGGGUGGCUUCAUACCUAUAGACUUGGUAAUUAAAGGUGCUAUAGAGCUCAUCACAGAUGAGACUAAAGGUGGAUCUUGUUUAUGGAUAACAAAUCGUAGAGGGCUUGAAUAUUGGCCAACUCCUGAGGAAGAAGCAAAAUACCGAGUCUCUUUUUCAAAAUUAAAGAGCCAGUCAAUGCUUAAUUAUCCGUUGGAGCUCAAAUUACCUCAGAGCUUUGAGAAAAUAGUUGUUCACUCCUUAAAUCACAAUUUCCGUGCUGCUACGAGGAUACAACGUACCCCUUUGGGCCUGCCUAUCAAACAACACCAUGUUCUGGUGAAAAUAUUGUAUGCUGGUGUUAAUGCUAGUGAUGUGAAUUUCAGUUCAGGCCGCUAUUUUAGUGGCAACAGUCAGGAUCUUGCUGGGAACCUCCCCUUCGAUGCUGGUUUUGAGGCUGUCGGUAUAAUUGCUGCAGUUGGUGACUCCGUGGGUGCCUUGAAAAUAGGCACUGCUGCUGCAGUGAUGACUUUUGGAAGUUAUGCUGAAUUCAUGAUUGUUCCAUCCAAAUUUAUACUUCCUGUGGCUAGUCCUGAUCCAGAAGUUGUGGCUAUGCUUACUUCUGGACUUACUGCUUCAAUUGCUCUGGAGAAGGCAGCACAAAUGGGUUCAGGAAAAACAGUUCUGGUUACUGCUGCUGCAGGGGGAACAGGACAGUUUGCGGUACAGCUGGCGAAAUUGGCUGGAAACAAAGUUAUUGCGACUUGCGGAGGUUCUGAUAAGGCCAUGCUUUUGAAAAAACUUGGAGUUGAUCGAGUAAUAAAUUAUAAAGAGGAAAACAUAAAAACAGUUUUGAAAAAGGAAUUUCCCAAAGGAAUUGAUAUUAUUUAUGAGUCUGUUGGUGGUGAAAUGUUUGAUAUGUGCUUAAAUGCCCUAGCAAUUUACGGUCGGCUUGUGGUAAUUGGAAUGAUAUCUCAGUAUCAAGGAGAGCAUGGAUGGAAGCCUUCAAAUUAUCCUGGACUGUGCGAGAAGCUUUUAGCAAAAAGUCAAACUGUGGCCGGUUUCUUCCUUGUGCAAUAUAGUCGACUGUGGCAACAACAUCUGGACAAAUUAUUUAACCUUUACUCCUCAGGAAAACUUGAGGUUAACAUGGAUCCAAGAAGGUUUGUGGGACUUCAAUCCGUUGCGGAUGCUGUUGAAUAUCUCCAUUCUGGUAAAAGCAUUGGCAAGGUGGUGGUUUGUAUUGAUCCAACCCUCAAUAAAGCUAUUUCAAAAAUGUGAGAAUUGGUAGCCUCAUUCACAAUGUGUGGCGCAUUACACAUUUUUAUUGUAUGUUGCUCUUGAAUAUUGGUGUAUAGUUUUUCGUAUUUGAAAACAUUAGUGUGCUCUCAUGGAGUUUAACGAGGAAGACAGGAGAUGGUGUAUGAGUAUGACACACAGAUUUACUUGGGAAGACUGUUCUGUUACUGCCUGCCUACCCUUACCUAGUUGUGGCCUUAUCUGUGUAUGAGACCUGACUGUUUGACAUAAAAUACAAGUCAAAAUGCUUCUAGGCCACAAGGGCAAGGGUAUUGGAUUGACACGGCUUCAAUUGUGUCUCUUCUAAAAAGGACCGGUAUAGGUGAUCUCUCUCUACACUAUACUUUAACUGACAUCAGAAAGAUGUGACGGGCUUUCAACAAUCCUCAAUUAUAAAGAAUGUUCAAGAUGAAGUGAUCCACAUCAAAUUGCAAUUCAUUGUUGUACAAGUAUAAUUGCUUUCUCUAAUUCCAUGUAAUGUCCUUAUUUUUGUUGUCAAAAAUAGUAAUAUAUUGCCUACAUAAUUUCUCUCUUUACUAUAAUAGCUUAACUUUGUAAUAUGGUUUCUAGAAUAAUCUGAUUUCAUAUUAUAGGAGGUUGACAUUUUUUUAAGCUAUCAUCAUAGUGGUAAAUCAAAUGCUAAAACUAUAAGCUUGAAAUAGCUAGGGUUUAUGCCUAGCACGAACCUGCAUGUACUCACAAACUAUAAGCUUGUAUAUGUUUAAAAGGUACCAUAUUCACAUUAUAUAA